AUGGCAACCGGAGCCACGUCAGCAGUGCUGACGGUGCAGCAGCUGAGUGCACGUGCCGCUCGCAUCAUGCGCUCAACGCCGUGGGGACGACUCAUGCGACCCGACGUGCGGUUACCACACGUCCAAGCCUUCACGGGCUUCCUGGAAGCUUCUCACCGCAGCCUGCUACAGUCAAUUGGGAUCCCAUCCUCAGCCAUCUUCCACAGGUGGGAGAGGGGAGGAGAGGGAAGGGGGAGAAGGGGGACAUUACAGCCCAUCUCACCUUUGGGCGGGGCAGCAGUGGCUGCUAUGGAGAGGAUGAGUGACAUCUUGAGAAAUCUCAUCUCACUUUGUGACCUCUGUGCCUCUGCCUGCUUCCCACCCCCACCUUUCCCUUUCACCCUCCCCUCCCUUUCACCACUCAGCUACACCUAUCUGAUGAACAGCUUUGCAGCGCAGCUCACCACUGCGGAGGCAAGGCGGCUCAAGAGGCACCCAGCAGUGGCAGAGGUGGAGAGAGACCGCACAGUGCGAGUGACCUCGGUGCACUCCCCUGAGUUCCUCAAGCUCGACUCGAGCCUGUGGCCGGCGAAUGGUGGGCAGAGCAACGCGGGAGAGGGAGUGAUCAUUGGAGUGAUUGAUUCUGGAAUUUGGCCCGAGCACCCCUCCUUCUCUGACCCGGUGAGUUCUCCGAGUGACUGUGUCGGAGUGGGCUAUGGCUUUGAGAGCGCAUGGCAGAGCAACGCAGGAGAGGGAGUGAUCAUCGGAGUGAUCGACUCGGUGCGUUGGAGAGGCGUGUGCAGUGAAACAGACGACUCUUCAUCUUUUCCUCUCUACUUCUUCCUGCAGGACCCGAACGGAGUGCCUUACUCCGCUGCCCCGGUGCGCUGGAGAGGCGUGUGCACCAAAACAGACGACUUCACAGCGUGCAACGGCAAGGUUGUUGGAGUGAGGUUUUUUGUAAAAGGGGCAGAGCGGAACUAUGGCGAAAUAGACAUCUCAACUGAGUACCGGUCGGCACGGGACAUGCUGCAGCACGGCACGUGGUGCGCGGGGUGGGCAUCACAAACGAAUACCGGUCGGCACGGGACAUGCUGCAGCAUGGCACGUGGUGUGCGGGGUGAGUGUGAUGUGACUUUUGAGUCGCCUCAAAAGGCUCGUGGUGCGCGGGUCAUGCUGGACAUGGGAGAAAUGGGGGGCAUGCGACAGACGCUGGAUAGAGGUGCCGCUGGAAACGCAGGUGUGGAGGUGACAACAGGCGGCCGAACCUUUGGCACAGCCUCGGGCAUGGCUCCCCGAGCCAGGCUGGCAGUGUACAAGGCGCUGUGGAUCAUCGGGGAGUACCAAGGGAUUGGGUCCGGUUCUGACCUCAUUGCUGCUGCAGAAAAGGCGGUGGCUGAUGGAGUGGACGUGAUAUCAUGCUCGUGGGGGGGCCUUGCCAUGUACUUCCAAGACCUGCCCUACUUGCGUGGUCUAAAGGUGAGAAUCUGUGCCUCCCCUAUUUGA